CUCCUGCAAUGAGCUGGAUCACGACUCUGGUCCGUAGUAGGACACCUUCGCUUAUACGACAUCGUUUUAAGCAGCUGGUCGCGUCGUUAUUUUAGGAAAAUUUUCUUAACUACAUGAUAUGCCGUCUGAUGCUGACCUGACGACGACGCGGCGGGACAGUCUGCCGGUUAGUGGUGCCGCCCUGCCGCGCGGUGCGUCGCCUCCCACCAUAUUCAUUUAUUGUUACAGUUCACGCCCCGAUCAAACCCCAACGAUCCAAUAGCCUCUUCGAUCAUCGAUUCCGUCCAACGAGACAGAUAAAAUGGCUUCAUCUGGGGAUUCAUGGAUGAGGGAGUAUAAUGAAGCAUUAAAACUUGCUGAUGAUAUCAAUGGCAUGAUUUCUGAAAGUUCAUUGCCUGCUUCUGGACCAGAGACACAGCGUUAUUCAUCUGCCAUACGGAGAAAGAUUACAAUAUUGGGAACUAGAUUGGACAGCUUACAAUCCCUCUUGAUGAGGCUUCCUGGCAAGCAGCCCCUAACGGAGAAAGAGACAAAUCGCCGAAAGGACAUGCUUUCAAAUUUGAGAUCAAAAGUAAACCAGAUGGCUUCCACAUUGAACAUGUCAAAUUUUGCUAACAGAGACAGCUUGCUCGGACCAGAAAUAAAGCCGGCUGAUGCCAUGAACAAAACGACUGGAUUGGACAACUAUGGACUUGUUGGUCUUCAGCGACAAAUUAUGAAAGAGCAAGAUGAAGGCCUUGAGAAGUUGGAAGAUACAGUUAUAAGUACAAAGCACAUUGCAUUGGCAGUCAAUGAGGAACUUGACCUACACACUAGACUUAUUGAUAACUUGGACCAACAUGUGGAUAUUACAGACACACGGCUACAGCGUGUGCAGAAGAGGCUGGCAAUUUUGAACAAAAGAACCAAGGGUGGAUGCUCAUGCGUCUGCCUUCUUGUAUCAAUCAUAGGGAUUGUGAUUCUACUGGUGGUGAUAUGGAUGCUCAUCAAAUACUUGUGAUUCUAGUGGUGGUGAUAUGGCUGCUCAUCAAAUACUUGUGAUUCUGACCAUAGCAAGCACAAUUAUCUUUUUUCUCAAUCUGUGCGAGCCUAAUUUGUGCGCGCCUUGUUGCAUAAUUGUGUUGUCCUUGCCAUUGUUGAAAACACUUUUCAUCUACCUUUUGGAUGUUUUGGGCUUUGUUUCCGAAGUCGAUAUGCUUGGUGGUGUUAACUUAAACAAAUCUGUAAAAUAUAUAUGUUUAUCGAUGGCACAUUGAAAUGUUCA